GAUACCCCCGCCCUGGGUGCCAGGCUAAAGCAAGGUAACCAGCAAGCUUUGAGCAGCCCAUCACUUCCCGAGCUAGAGCGCACUGUGUCGGAAUUGGAGAACCCGACCUACGCCUUCCUUCGUAUUCCAAUGCCCCCCGGAAUGGCUGUCGACAAACCGCCCAACGAGCGUUUUCUACGGCUUGAAAUCCCAGUCACCAUUAUCAAUGCUUCCGCCCGUAGAGGACGCAAGUGGUUGUUAUACGUUGCCACUGCCAUUGCGGGUACCCAUGGGUACUUGCAUCAAGACGGGCGAGACCUCCAGCCAGAGGACAUGCAACGGUCGGUUGUUGAUAACGAAAUCUAUGAUUUUGUGACGGAGGCUGCGGUCUGUGUUGCUGAUGCCCAAUGUGGGGAUACAAGAACAUCAAGCAAUGCUGGAGAGAGCCGACUGCACAACAGGGAAUCAAUUCGUAUCCGGGAUGGCGGGAGAUGUGUCGUCCUAGAGCCUGGGAUAAUGCUUCGUGCCGGUUCCCGUCAUCGGCUUGAAGUUGCUUCUGUAGACUGCCAAGCAGCUCAUAUCCUUCCACAUGCGAAGGGGAGUACAUACCUCGAAGCGGUAGUCCAGGCGCGAGGACUCAACGAGAAUGUCAGCCAGUUCGAUGGUGGUAUAGAUGAUGAAAAAAAUGCUUUGUUCAUGGAUACACGAAUUCAUGCAGUUGGGCUGACCGAUCAAACCUGCGCCUUCCUUUAUGUUCCAAAUUUGUGCAUGACUAUGGAAGAUGUCUUGUAUCCGGAGGAGCACCCGCCACCACCUCUUCCUGAGUCCUUACAGCAUACAACGGAGCACAUCUACCUCCAGUUUCAGAUGCUGGCGGAGGGAGCAUACAUCCGAUUAGCAGAUUACAUGGUGCAAGGACGAUUGUGGAACAACAAAUUCAUUCGAAUGCCGGACGACCGUUCUAGCUUCCCUCCUUUCUUCAUAUGUCAUUUCUAUUAUGGUUGCACCGCCCUUCACUUGUGGCUGGACAAAGACAGUUUGUCCACUCUCAACCGUUAUAAUCAUCAGCGCUACUAUCCUCCGCACAUCGAUGUCAAACAAGAAGAAUCCUCUGAUGAAGAUGAACCUGACCCUUCGGAUGACGAUAAUUAUAUCCCACCGACGCAUGCUCGGAAACACCACAGACUUGAAUCAAUGACAUCGUCUCCUAUUCAAGAGUCAACCGAUGCCUCAGCAUUUCUUGUGAGCUGGCUGUGGAGAGCUAACGGUGUGGCCAUGGAAGAGGAUGGAGUAGAGGAUCCUCAGACAAUCAUUCGCAAGGAAUUCUCAUCAGAUAAACGUGAAUUCGUGGAGAAGUGGUGUCAGGAGUCUUGUUAGGGAUUUCCGCAUCUAUGGAAUCCCACGGAAUCCUCUGGAAGUCUCCAGUCACUUGAAGCCUUUUCUUUUUCUUUCUAUCGUUUUCUGUACCUUCUCUUACUCAGCCUAAUGUACUCGUUAUG